AUGAGCAAUACCUAUGCUACCAAAGUCCGAAAGAACAACUGUGCCAACAUGCACAUCGACUCUCCCAUCUUUCCCAUCGUGGUCGUCACGACCAAAGCCUUGAUCCAGAACGGCAUCAAGUGCAAGUGCAAAAUCUCCCCCCCUUUUGUAGAGACGUCCAAAUUCGAGCAGGGUCUCACCUCAAGUAGAGCGACAUAAACAUCCACGUGCAGAUAAACGCAAAAGGUAAACUCCAACACGCACAUCGCUGAACAUAGAGAAGAUUACGAGGGAUCAGCCGAGACCAUCACUUCCAAUAUAAUUGGAGAGGAAAACGUGUAAACAUCAUGUAUAACACACCCACAUAUAAUUCCCCUGAAUGUGAAAAUGAGAACUUCGAAAACGAAUCCCUCCCCCCCCUCAUCAACUAUAUAAAGCAGUUUUACGCGAAGCGGUCA